UUACAGGAUGCCGAAAAAACACACAACUUCGAAUAAAACAAGGAAGAGAAAGGGGAAAGACAUGGACGAGAUUAUUGAGGCGAUGAGGUCAGAGAAGCGACGAUAUUUCACAACUCAGCAAGUAGAUUUCGAUCUCGAUCUGCCAGGCGGUGGGAAGUUCUACUGUACUGAAUGUGAUCGAUAUUUCAUCGAUGAGAAAUCUCUCAACAGUCACACAUCAACUAAAGUUCAUCGACAACGAUUAAAGCGAUUACGAGAAUCGGCGUAUACGCAGCGUGAAGCUGAAGAAUCUGUUGGAUUAAAAACUAAAACCUAUGCUUGAUAUUAUUAUAUGCCAAUUCAGUUUGGGAAUUUUUCUGUGUAUGCUUGUUGCAUGUUCUUGCAUCCUUUCUGUACUGAGAUGUUCUUGACAUAAACAUAUUUAUACAGUGGCUUCAUCAAAGUCAAUACACUGAAUAUUUUUUAUCCAAUGUUCGUAAAAUUCGAAUACUUAGCCUUCUCCAUUUUCGUCCAUAUGUUUAGGCCUAAUCUGAUAAGUGUAUUAAAACUUUAACGCGU